UUUGUCAGUACAAACUCUAUUAUUUUCUUAAAUAGGCCACAUAUAAGGUCCAGAUUCUAGAUCAUUGGGUCUAGACAGAAAUAUAUAGUAUCGGUUACUUCCAAAUAUUCCUUUAAUAAAUUCAAAUCAAAGUCUGUACUGACAAAACUGGAAGAAAAUUACAGUUUUAUAAACAUUGGAUACUUAUGCCGCUAUUUACCCUAUUAACUAAUACAAAUAAGAACUAUUUCUCUUUCUGACACAAACACACACUCAAUCCCAAUCAUUAUCUAUAAAAUAUUACCUAAUACAGUUGAGAACAUAUGACUCAAUCUCUCUUCUCCAACCAUUGUUUGUGAAGUUUGUUCAUCUAUUGACAUGGAAAAAGUUCAAGAAUUUCAACUUCAGCUCUGCAUUAGAGAUGAGGAAGCUAAUGAAGGAGAUUCUCAUGGCCAUGCAAAUGAAUCCAACCAACCAACUACUCCUCAAACCAGAAAACUUGGACUUUGGAUUCGAAUCGGGUUUUAUUCAUUCCUUGUUCUCUCAGGCCAGACUGCAGCAACCUUAUUAGGGAGAUUAUAUUAUGAGAAAGGUGGAAAGAGUAAAUGGAUGGGAUCAUUUGUUCAACUAGCUGGCUUUCCAAUCCUUCUUCCUUACUAUCUCUUCCGAAAAAUGAAGUGUAAAACCAAAAACAAUCACAACAUGAAUACUAAUUACACUCUUCCUCUUCAAUCAAAAAAGCCAUCUAUGUUAGUUGUUGCCUCAGUUUACUUGAUUCUUGGCCUAAUUGCAGCAGCGAUUUGUUAUCUAUACUCGGUUGGUCUGAUGUACCUUCCAGUGUCAACUUACUCAAUCAUAUUAGCAUCCCAAUUAGCCUUCAAUGCUUUCUUCUCAUUCUUUCUAAACUCACAUAAGUUCACUCCUUACAUAAUCAACUCCCUAGUUCUUCUCACCAUCUCUUCUGUUCUGCUCGUAUUAGAACCCGGUUCUCAAAAAUCUUCUAAAGUCUCAAAAGGGAAGUAUGCAAUUGGCUUUGUUUGCACUGUGGCUGGCUCUGCAGCAUAUGGAUUGUUUCUCUCUUUAAUGCAGUUUUUCAUGAACAAAGUUGUUAAGAAGGAGAGCUUUUCAGUGAUCAUUGAUGUCAUAGUGUAUCAAUCACUUGUGGCAACAGUUGUAAUUCUUGUGGGACUUUUUGCAAGCAAUGAAUGGAGAAGUUUGAGGGAAGAAAUGAAUGAGUUUGAACUUGGGAAAGUUUCAUAUGUCAUGACAUUAUCAUGGAUAGCCAUAACAUGGCAAGUUGUUUCUAUUGGAUUAUUGGGUUUAAUGCUACAAGUUUCUUCUGUCUUCUCCAAUGUUAUAAGUGUUUUGGGUUUGUCUAUUGUCCCAAUUAUGGCUGUGUUUUUCUUCCAUGAAAAGAUGGAUGGGAUCAAAGCUAUGGCUAUGGUUUUGGCUAUUUGGGGCUUUGUUUCAUAUGCUUAUCAGAACCAUCUUGACAAUCAAAGUUCUAAGAAUGACAAUCCAAUUAGCAAUAGUUGAAAUUAUGAACUAGCUUUGCUUGUUUUCUAAGAUCUACAUGUAAAAGAAAAGGAGAAUAGUACUUAAUAAAAUAAAAGAUUGUAUUUUUUGUUACCCAAGCUAAAAUCUCUCUUUAGUAUGUAAUAUUUUUUGUCCUAAUGUUUCUAUGUAUGCUCAUAUAAUUGUUUUGUAGAGACCAUUGGUUUUUUUGAGCAAUGCACCUAUUUCUUUUUCUCAUUUUAUAUCAAAAUGUAUUACUUUUUUAAAA